AUGUUUGUGACUAGAGAAGUCUGGCGGAAAUCGCCAUCAACUCGCCUCAACAAAAUAAAACCUCUAGCAAUACAACCAACUUUUCAAAAGAAAGCCACCUCUUUUGCCAUGGACCAGAAUCAUCACCAAAAAUUAAGCAGAGAAACUGCUAAUGUAAACGAACUGGAUGAGUUAGAUGACAUUUUGGAUGAAAUUCCUCAACAGGAACUGAAAAAUAAGCAGGAGAAGACGAGUGAAAAGAAACAGACAGACGACGGAACGAACAAUGCGAUGGCCAAUCUCCUGGAAAAAAUUCAGAACCUCGACACUCUUUCUGCCGGCACUAAUGGUGCCAUUCCAAACAUGAAUGCAUUCAAAGACGAAGAUCUCUUUGAAAAAAUGUUCGGCGCCAACCCUAGCUCCGGUGCAGGAGAUGUUGGCGUUGAUUACAAUGCAUUAGAAACAAUGCUUGACUCCCUAAUGUCUCAGGUUACAAGCAAACAAGUGUUGUACGAGCCGUUGAAAGACUUGGCAAACAGAUACCCAGAAUGCUUGCAAAACAUGAGCGAGAAGGACAAGAGUAAGUAUGAGUCUCAGUGCAAACACAUCCAGGAGUGUCUGAAUUUGUUUGAGGACCCGAAUUACGACGAAAUAAAAGACCGCCAAAAAGUGUGUGAUCUUGUGGAAAAGAUUCAGGAAUUGCCAUUGCCGGAACAAUUGAUGAAAUCGUCUAUUCCACCAUCAUGUCCUCUGCAAUGAAAGAACACUCAACAGAAUCUUCGAGUGUGUAUAUAUAUACCUUUUUCUUUUCUCUCUAUAUUGCCUGUAACGUUUAGCACAUCAAAGAUACUCGGUAAUGCACUUCGUAUUUAUUUGCUCCAAUUCCACAAGGCAUGCAUCACAAAUAAAUAAAUUAGAUAAAACGUAACAGAUUAAUGAAGUCGUAGAAAUCUUUUCUUACAACGUCAUUCUCAGCUGGAUUCAAAUUCCU